AUGGACAUCUCCGCCUUCCCAACGCAAGCCAAGUUCAUGGCCCUCCAGUGUCGACUGGGGAACGUGCAAAACGCCCUGGAAGUUGGCACUCUGGGUGGCUAUACUGCCAUCUACAUCGCGAGCUUGAACCCGGAGAUUAAGAUCGUAAGCAUCGAGAUCGAUCCUAUAAGCGCCGAGAUCGCGCGCGAGAACAUUGCUGCUGCGGGGUAUACGAACCGCAUUGAGGUGCUCGUCGGCGCCGCCAUUGAAGUGCUGCCGCAACUGCAAGCGAGGAUCGACCGGGGAGAACAGGAACGCUUCGGGUUCACUUUCAUCGACGCUAAUAAGGAUGGUGGCUGGGAUUACUUUGAUUAUGCGGUGAAGAUGAGCGUGUCGAAAGCGAGCAUCAUCGUAGAUAAUGUGGUCCGAGCCGGGGCUCUAGUACGGGAAGACUUCAUCAAGAAUGAUAUCGACGUGCAGGGGUCUCGGAGGACAGUCGAGAAUGUGGGUAAAGACGAUCGAGUGGAUGCCGUUGUUUUACAGACCCUAAGUGAAAAGAGCUACGAUGGGUUUUUGAUGGCGGUGGUGAAAUAA